UAAUCUGAACAAUAAAUAUUUAAUUUAAAAAAAUGAGUAAUCUAUUAAGUAAACUCUUUACUUGAGUUCUGUGAGCCACACUACAAAUAAUAAACCUAAAUAGAGAGUCGUGGGGACCUCUGAUUAAUAGCAUGUUGGUCAGAAAAACAGGUGAUAACCUGGACUUUUGAUUAUGUCUUAAAUGGGGACAGUCUUGUGGGACUUUUGUAAGCAGUUGACAGAUAUGAGCAAAGCAAGGAUGAUGGGCCAGCUAUAGAAGGUCAUCAGCAUAGAAAGUCCCAGUUGCCUAGCAAUGGACAAUCAAUUGUAGAUUGGAGCCUUGCCCCCAGGUGACUUUUUCUCCCCUUGCAUAUCGCUGGCCUUGAGGUUUGGACCACCUGACCUUUCCUCCCUGGCAAUAACAUCUAGGCCUCAGUCUUAUUUCAGCUCCAGUCCCAGAUAAGCAACAAAACCAGCCACACUGCCUUCCCGUCAGGACCAGCUGCAUGAAAUAAUGACCCCUUGCCCUGAUGCUGGCCAGUCAAUCAUUGGAGACCACAACCCUGAAUGGACACACCUGGAAAUAUUCUAUUAAGAUCUUCAUUUGGACCUCCCUUGAAUUCUCUAUCCUUAAAACCCUUAGAAAGGAGGACUGAGCAAGCUCUCCCUCCUGGGAGCAUACCCUCCUGGGAGCACAGGACUGAGCCUUUGGAAUAGGAAUUUUUAGGGGUGAAAUAGGCAUGUUUAGGGAUUUUUUUUAAAUUAAGGGGAUCCAUGUAAAAAGCACAGGCUGCAAAGCUGCAAAAGGUUACAUUUCCAUAAGACAGGGAAGUUGGGAGAGGCAGCAGUUACAUUUCCAUAAGAUAAGGGAACUGGGAGUAGCAAAGGUCUAUAUUUACAAAAUAAGGAAGGACGGAGAAAGCCCAGAGGGACUAGGAGAACAAUGAGGGAGGAGGGCAUCACAUGUCCCAUGUGAGGUUUGACCUUUGAGCUCAGGAGUUACUAUAGUGACCAAAUCAAAGACAAUAUUGAGGCAGAAAAAACUGCAGCCCUUAUAAACUGUGGAAAAAGGGGCUCAGUGGGACUCUUUCCCCUUCCCCACGUGGGAGUCUGUACUUGUUCUUCAAUAAAUUUCUACCUUGGUGGCGGCCAUUUUGUUUGGGCACCAAGCAGGAGUUGAUGGCAGUGCUUGUGGUGGCACCAACUAAAGGCAGGAAAGGGCAAGCCGUGUGAGCAGGUGGACCGGGUGAGCCCAGCAGCCAGCCAGCCAACAGCGAACUAACCUAGCAGUCUACCACUUACGCAUCUAGCCAACCAAACCAGUUCACCCGAGCCACUUCACCAUCAAUUCAGGUUCUGCCGGCCCAGCCGUCGUGGCAGCCCUGAGAGGAGCACUGGCAUCCUUUUCCUUCGAUCCUCGGGAUUUGAAGAUGGCUGCACAGUCAGCACCGAAAGUUGUGCUAAAAAGCACCACCAAGAUGUCUCUAAAUGAGCGCUUUACUAAUAUGCUGAAGAACAAACAGCUGACGCCAGUGAAUAUUCGGGCUUCGAUGCAGCAACAGCAGCAGCUAGCCACUGCCAGAAACAGAAGACUGGCCCAGCAGAUGGAAAAUAGACCCUCUGUCCGGGCAGCAUUAAAACUUAAACAGAGCUUAAAGCAGUGCCUGGGUAAGAGUAACAUCCAGGCACGGUUAGGCCGACCCAUAGGGGCCCUGGCCAGGGGAGCCAGCGGAGGAUGAGGCCUACCCAUAAUCCAGAGCGGCUUGCUUAGAGGAGGACUACGUGGGGGAUGUGCCACAAGAACCCUACUUAGGGGCGGGAUGUCGCUCCGAGGUCGGGGUAUGAUAGGUCGGGGAAGAGGAGGCUUUGGAGGCCGAGGCAGUGGACGAGGGAGAGGUGCCCUUUCUCGCCCUGUACUGACCAAGGACCAGCUGGACAACCAAUUGGAUGAAUACAUGUCAAAAACAAAAGGACACCUGGGUGCGGAGUUGGAUGCCUACAUGGCACAGACAGAUCCUGAAACCAAUGAUUGAAGCUUGCCUUCCCUUCUCUGAGAGACUUGUUAAAAGUUGCCAUGUCUGUAAAUAACCUUGAGAUGACAGAUGAGAAGAGCCUACCUGACUGAUGCUGGAAGGACCUAUCACAGCGGUUCUCAACCUGUGGGUCGCGACCCCUUUGGCAGUUGAACGACCUUUUCACAGGGGUCGCCUAAGACCAUCCUGCAGAUCAGAU